AUGCUGCACGAAUGCCACAGCAAAACAAUAGUAAAAACAACAACAAGAACAGCAAGUGCAUGCAAUAGCGACAACUAUUACGAGACUAUAACGACAAACGACUACGAUGCUUUGGCCAUUACGACCACCACUGUAACGCCACCAGUAAUGGCAACGGCAACGGCAACGACCAGCUCAACGACCAGCUCAACGAUGGCAACAACGACCGCGCCGACACACGACAACAACUGCACAAACAAACAGCAAGAUGCUAAAAAGAAGUGGCGAAAUUUGCGAGACCAGUUCAGUAAGGAAUUGAAAAAAAUUCCAAAAGGCAAAUCGGGCGACACACAAGACCAAGCAACUAUAUAUACUGGGAGGUGGCGGUAUUUCAAAAGCCUGCUUUUCCUUAGAGAUACAAUUCUCCCAAGAGAAACAGCUAGAAAUUUGUCGGUGGUGCUUGAAGAUUCAACUACAGCAACUGAAGCCGAUAAUAAUGUGGCAAAUGCUGAAAUAGUGGCAAAAAAUACUAAUGCUACUAAAACAGAUAAUGAAGUGUCAAAUUCCGAAGUAAAGAACUCCGAACUAACUUUCGUUGAAACAUGCCCUUCAUUCAGGUCUUUGUCUGUUCGUCGAAAGAGAAAGGACAAACAUCAAGAUGGAAAUGCCGUUGAGCUUAGGCUUUUAGAUAUCGAAACCAAACAGCUAGCUUUACUCGAAGCAUCAGAAGAUGAAAAUUCACUCUUUUUGAGGUCGCUUCUUCCAUUCAUGAAAAAGUUGGAUCCGAUUCGUCAGCUUCGUGUAAGGU